AUGUGGAUAUUUCUAUACGUUUUAUAUUAUCUUGUACUUGGGAUAUUACAUCAAAGUGUAGCGGUACCACGUCCAUGCCGAUUACCUCCUGAGUAUAAUCAGGCGCCUGGUCUUGUAAAGGAAAAACUGCGAAGUAUCUGGGAAAAUUACAAAUCCGGAAAAAGCUGCGUUGCAGAGCAGAUUGCUACUGAUGUUAUCCUAACAACCGUUAAUACUUUUCCUGCGAAAUAUCGACAGAAAGUAAAUUCAGAAAUAUACAACAGUCGUUACGGAUAUAAUUCAACUAGCAACCUUCCUCCAACUUUAGAAGAUGAAGCUGUUUACGAUGAAGUGCCUAUUUCGGAAAUUUUUGAACUCCCGGAAUUUUUAAAAGAUGCAAAUGAAGAUGUUAUCAAUAGUUUCACGAAAGUAUGGAACGAUCCAGACAUUCCAUCCGAGGGCUUACGCGAGGAGAUGAUUCAUCUGCUCGCUGUAUCAUUGCUAACUACAAAACAGCUUACUGCAUACAACCGAUAUAUGAGAGAACGCCGACGCUGCCAAAGACAGUUGUUAUUUCAUAUACGACAAAUGUCGGAUGAAGCACGAAAAGCACUGAAUAUUCUAGCUUACGCAGAGCCUAAUGAACAGUUUGGGAUUGCCAAAAAUUUCCCACGUAGUAUUCGUCGUGAGCUGAGGAAUUUUGCCAGACGAAGAUAUUCGAAAAGCUUUAUUUAA